AUGCCUGGAUUCGACGCUUACAAAGCACCUUUUAAAAAUAAUCGAGAUAAAUAAUAAAUCCACAAUACGCAAUUAUAAUUAUUUUCUCGAUUAUUGUGCUUUCUCCACGGAUAUAUACCAGAUUAACUCUCUCAUUAAUUUCAGAGGCCACUAUUAUAGAACUCUCUCUUAGCCGUCAUAUAUAAAAAGUAUUUUUUAAAACAUUAGGAAAUAGCUAUCUAAAACAGUCAGUCUAACUAACAAUCAGUCAAUCAUUCAGUCAGUUGCUCUUGCUCUUAAAAAAGAAAAAUAAAUAUAAAAUAAAAUAAUAAAAAGAUUUAAAAACAAAAAAACAAUAACAAAAAAAGAAAUUAUUAUAGAAUAAAACAUUAAAACAAAUAAAUUGAUUAAAAAUACUAAAACAAAUAGUAAAGAAACUUAAAAUUAAACAAUCACAAAAUAAAAAAUAAAUAUCUUAACUAAUUAAUUAAUUCAUUAAAAAUAUAAUUUAUUUCAUCUUACAAAUAAAAAUCAAAUUCAAAUUUGAAAUAAUGCAAUAAAUAACAUUCUUAAAACUAAUAAUACAAGAUUAUUAUAAAUUAAUUAAUAAUAUCAAAUUAAAUAUUACUAAAAAUAUGUUUAUUGUAAAUUUAAUAAAAUAGCAUAAUAAAAAUUUAAAAAAUAUUUUUUAUUUUAAAAAUUUAGAUUAAUAAUUUUUAAAAAAUUACUUAUUUAUAUUGA